AUGGAGAGCAGCAGUCUGGCACAACAAGUUGAAAGCGCUGAGAGUAACAUAGCAUUUCUGCAACAGGAGCAUCGAGUUCUGCUGACUGGCCUGCGUUUGGAGAUUCGUCACCUGAAAAAGAGAUGCAAUGAACUCACCUGUGAACUGAAUGACAGACUGCCUGCAAGAUCAAGAGCAGACGUAGAGUUGGAGGAGGAGAUGCUCCAGGCUCGUUUGCGGGAAGCAGAGGAUCAGCUGGAGGAGCAGGACUGCGUUCUGGUCGCUCUCAGGGCAGAGGUCAGACAGAAGGGGAUACUGGCCAGUUCUCUGCAGGUCAAACUGAGAGAGGAGGAGCGUCGCUUCUUGGAUGAGCUGAAACGCCGCAGCCACAAGAUCACUGCCCUUGGACACGAGCUGCGCAAGCAGAAUGACACAGCAGCGCAGCUCUCCUUUCACUCCGCCCAUUUUCGUCUCUAUCGCUACCACAAUGAGGAAGAGGAGAAUGAAGUUUCACAGGUUUGGAGGCUAUAUAAUAAUUGUUUAUGCUCAGCCACGCAAACGCCUACAUCACCUGUCGUAGCUGAAGCCAGCCAUGCAGGCCGCAUCUCUGCCAAAAAGAUGAGAUCGGAGCGAGUGAGAGAGUGUGUCCCCCGUGAACGAGUGCUGGGGCCUGAGGAGCCCCGCCCUAUGCCUGACCCCACCCUCUUCCUCUCUGCCUACAGACACCGGCUUCUCUCGCGGCACAGAUCUUUGACAGGGCGCCGGGAGGAAGGGGAGCGUGUGGAGGGGUUAGAGGGGCGGAGACGCAGACGAAGGAACCUGUUACUGAUAGAGGAGGCGGGAACAGAGACCACGGAAUUAUAA